AUGUCCGUCAAGUUUGAGAGCGAGACGAUACGCCGCGGCGUCGAAAAGGUCGAGGAGGCCACCAAGGGCAUUAUCGACGGCCAGCCCAUCCCCGGCACCAGCGGCAAGCACCCCGUCAUGUCCGCCGCCUACAUCAAGCAGCUCGAGGAGAACCCCCUGCGCACCAAGAUGCUGACGGCCGGCACCCUCGCCGGCGCCCAGGAGCUCAUCGCCUCCUUCCUCGCCAAGGACCGCAACAAGCACGGCAACUACUUCACCUCGCGCGUCCCCAAGAUGGCCGCCUACGGUGCCCUCGUCAGCGCGCCCCUCGGUCACUUCCUCAUCUGGCUGCUGCAGAAGACCUUUGCCGGCCGCACCAGCCUGCGCGCCAAGAUUCUGCAGAUUAUCGUCAGCAACCUCAUUAUCGCGCCCAUCCAAAACUCCGUCUACCUCACGGCCAUGGCCCUCAUCGCAGGCGCUCGCACCUUCCACCAGGUGCGCGCCACCGUCAAGGUCGGCUUUUGGAAGGUCAUGAAGGUCAGCUGGGUCACCUCGCCCGUCUGCCUCGCCUUUGCCCAAAAGUUCCUCCCCGACCAGCUCUGGGUUCCCUUCUUCAACCUCGUCGCCUUUGUCAUCGGUACCUACAUCAACACGGUCACCAAGAAGAAGCGCCUCGCCGCCCUGCGCAAGAAGCACUUCGGCGACGGCCGCAACCAGGGCGGCCUCGGUGGCGGCAGGCCCGAGGACUACCCCCCGACCAUGGGCGGCCAGAACCCCCCUUACUAA